AGGAGAUGAUCGAAACGUUCGACGCGAGGAUGGCGAACAUGGCCGACGAGACGUUCGGGACAGCCACUUCAAAGACAUCCUGCGACGCGAAGGUGAGCUUCGGCCUGGAGUUGGACGACGAGGAGCGCUGGCUCUCCUGCAGCCCAUCGGCUCUCACGGGCUGGGACAAAGCCAGGUCCGCCAUCUCCACCGAACUGCUCCGCCGGAGGAUCGGCAGCGACCAGGCUGAGCAGGACGAGGCCGACUCGGCCUCCGAGGCGCGCAGCGGGAGCCGCCAGGGCUCCGGGGACGCCGGGGACGCCGCCACGCGGGAGGCCAGGCAGAGCAUCGCGCAGAGCAGGGUGCGCUGGCAGCGGCCCAGCGACUGCGGCGAGGAGGGCGCGCCGGACGGCGCUGCCGCGGGCGCGCCCAAGAAG